AUGAGGGCGGAAGCGGUGCUGCCAACCAGAGUUAGCAACGCGUGUGAGAGGUGUCGUCGCAACAAGAGCCGAUGCGACAUAUCUCGUCCUUGCGCGCUCUGCGUUCGAGCAAAUGUCGAAUGUGUCGUAAGCAAUGUCGAGGUGCCAGCCCGCGCACCGAAAAGAAAACGCACUCGGGGUCCUUCCCGUGAAGCUUCACACGAGCAACCGCCAGCUCCGAUGCAGAGCCAUGACGAUGCGCAUCAAACGAUAGACACAGAAAUCAACAGUCGCGAUGAGAGUAGACGUGCCAGUAUGGCAGAGGGCGAAGCUAACUCAGCCAUGGAUAUUGCUCACCAGAUCUACCGACUGGGAAGCCAGCCAACAUUGAAGCGGACAACAUCAGCCAUACCGGGUGGUGACGUAUAUGGCAGAGCCCCGGCACCUCGAUUAGACCGUACCCAAAGGAAAAACAUAGUCGCUAUCCUUGGCCAUCCUUUACCACCCACCGACAUGAUGCGCGCGCUCCUAGAAGAGUACUUUGACUCGGUCCAUUGGUUUAGCUUGGUCAUCUAUGAGCCAAGAUUUCGGGCGAAGUUCGAAUCUAUCAGAGAUGGUCAUGCCUAUCCCUCACAAAAGUCGUUCCUUCUUCUCCUAUCCACUGUUGUUGGCAUGGGAGCAUGGUACAAAUCUCACAAGAAAGACAUGGAUCUGGACUUUCCGGACGAAGAUUGGUACGCCUGGUCGCAAUCACUCAUCCAAGGCGCGGGUUCUCAACUCACUGAACUGAUGGACCAAAGUACGAUUUCAUCGGUUCAGACGUGCAUCCUGCUUGGCUCUUACUAUGUCUAUCAUGGCAAACCUAAUUUAUCUUUUGCGUUACUAGGUGCAACCAUUCGAACGGCGCAAUCGAUUGGCCUUCAUCGCCAGCCGCUACGAGGUGACUCUCACUCUAUCGAGGAGAGGAAAAGAGUUUGGUGGACUAUAUACACAUGGGACAGAUUCGCUUCCAUCACUUACGGUCGGCCUAUUGGUAUCAACGAGAAGGACUGUAAUACAAACCAUCCCAUUGACAUAUGCGAGUCGCCAUACUUCAAGCCAGGAGGUCCUCCAGAAGCGGAUUUGACAAUAUGCUACUCGUCCUACCAACGAGAGCUCAACAAACUUUAUCUCAUUGCGUCACCUAUUAUCGAGAUCAUUUUCGGAAUGCGCGCUGUGGGACCCAAUGAACGACCUAGUGGGCCGCAGUACACUGAUCAGAUCUUAGAAGUGACGGAAAAGCUUUGGGCGUGGCGCCGGCAUUUACCGCCUCAUCUUCUACUUGAUAUGGCUUCCGACUGUAGUAUCGACCAGUCUCGCACUACGCGUGUACACCAACUGCAGGCCUUAUCUCUUCAGCUUACGUUUGACAACCUACUGAUUAUCUUCAAUCGCCCGUUGAUUGCGAAACAAGUGGACCAUCUCAUCAGGACGCAACCGGAAAGUGGCCAUGGUGUCGCAUUAUCACCAGCAAGCCUUACGAACACCGGAUCACCAUUCCUUACAGCCCAUGAGUCUAGCCCGCUAAAUACAAGCCAUAUGUCGAGCACCGAGCAGUGGUGGCACGCGGCGUUGAGAACGUCGAAGGUCACCGAAUUACCGCGGCUUUCUCAACUAGCCACUGAUAGUCACCUAGUAGCUUUCUUGGCUAUCAAUCUAUUCAAUUCCGCUAUUGUCAUGGCUGUGUUAGCAUUGUCCGAUCCACUCUCGGACAGAGCACAAGAAGUCAAGAGGACCAUUACGCGGAUAUUUCGCUUACAAGAACUACUCGGGAAGAAGACACAGCUUUCGAUGCAGAGCAAUGUAGUUCUUAAAGAUGUCAUCCAGAUGCUGUUGCGUAGGGAAGCAGAUACUAUAUUUGGCGAGAGCGACAUCACAAGAUCACAUGCAGGGACGGCAUUGAUGUCUGUUGAAGACACCCUUCGUCUUCCGACGCAGCUACCAUCAAAUGGACACCAUAGACCGCAACACAAUACAGUGGACAGGAUGCAACGCGUUCACGAAAGUAUGGCAUCAGUGCAGAGAGUUUUUCCUACGGGUCUCGAUGGUAUAUAUCGUGAUGACACGGCUGACGUCCAGCAAUGGGCUGCCAACAACGGUGAUACGGGUCACUUACCUAGCGGACACAAUGUAGAUUGGUCAAACGCCGGCACACAGGACUUCCAUCUCGAGGGAGAACUAGACUGGAUCAGCGAUGACAAUAAUGUUGACGUUACUGGCAACGGAUUAUAUUGGUUCUGGGAUUCUGUCUGGAAUGAGCCUCCGCUGUAG